AUGAGCUCCGAAAAGCUCGAAGAAAAGCUCGAUAAGAUGUCGAAGCUGCUGGCAACAUUGACGGAUCAGAACAAGGAGUGUAAAGAAGCUCUCGAAAAGUGCCUUGAAAUGUCCAAUAAAAGUUUGGAUGAGAAACUCGUGAAACUCAAGGGUAACAAUGAACGAACCAAAGAGCAGAUGAAGAUGCUGUUUGGCGAAGAAAAGAACGUCGAGGAACAGUUUAUGCCAUAUGCGUGGAGUAAAUGUCUGCAAGAUGAGGAAAUACACCUCCGAGACAAGGAAAGGGGGGAGUUUGGGGUCAAGGUAAACGAGCUUGACCGGGCAAUGCGGAAGAGCGAUGAUCUUAUCAAGAGCAUUGAAGAGGCUAGUCGUAAGAAGUCAGCCGGAUCCGAGGCAGAAUAG